CCUGUAUAAAAGACAAUGAGACUAUGUUAUCGUCCUAUUUAAUCUGGCUCGGGAAACAGAUAAUCAACAAUGGGUCCGCUGUCGUUCUGUGCAGUUGCUGUUAUGUUGGGCGUUGCCUUCUCCCAGACCGACAUUGCUACAACCGUCUUUCACCAACUCGAUGCUGGCAAAAAUAACUUUUUGACACUGGCCAACUUUAAUGCUUACUACAAUCAGUUCGACCUUGAUGGCGAUGGUUCAAUCACCAAGCAGGACUACUAUAAACUAGACACCAACCACGCCCACGCUGAUAAGCAGUUUGCUCUGUAUGAUGUUGAUAAAGACGGGGCACUCACCUUGAAGGAUGUCAAAAUAAUUGUGGGCAAGUUUGACACAGAUGGUGAUGGUAAAAUAACACUGGCCGAAUUCAAAGCGAACUACGCCAAGCUCCUGGUUGGUACAGGCGGCGCCCCUGUUGGCAAGUAGACGAACAAUGGAAAAUAAUGUCGAUGUGAUGGAAAUAAAUAUAGAUAUAUAAGAUAAA